UUUUUUUUUUAAAAAAAAAAAGAAUAAAGAAAAAAAAAACAAACCAUAUAUACACACACACACAUAAUAUAAUAAUAUGGGGCUUUUUAAUGGAUCAAGUAAUAACAAUGAAGAAAACUUGAACGAUAUAUAUUCACCUUCUGGAGGGGAAGAGCAUUUUGGAGAGAAUACAGGCAAUAGCUUUGAAAAGAUGCCAGAUUUUAUGUCAAGUAUUAGUUAUGACGUUUCUCGAAUUCAACCCACUGCACUACAAGGAGGUCUUGACUUUUUACAAAUUGAAGGAGAAGGUACUACAGGUAGUUUAAGUGGUGGUGCUUCAUUCACACCUUCAAGAGGAUGGUCAGACGAUUUAUGUUAUGGUACGGGUACAACUUAUUUAGCAGGAUUAACACUAGGCGGUGCCUUUGGUUUGGCAGAAGGAUUAAAAAAGAGUGCUAGUGCUCCAAAUAUGAAGGUGCGUUUAAAUACAACAUUGAAUUCUAUUACUCGUCGUGGUCCCGGUCUUGGUAAUUCAAUGGGUGUUAUUGCAAUGAUUUAUAAUGGAGCUACAGCCAUGAUGGAUGCCUCUCGUGGUAAGCAUGAUAUUUUUAAUAGUUUAGCAGGUGGUGCCAUCUCAGGUGCUCUAUUCAAAUCUACUGCAGGUCCUCGCGCUGCUAUGGUGUCUGCUGGUGUUUGUGCUGGUGUUGCUGGUGCUUGGUCUUUAUUAGUUUCUAACUUUACUGAAAAUUAAGAUAUAUAUAUACAUACAUACUUGAUUUCUUUAUACAUAGAUUUAUUUUUACUAGUUAUAUGCCCCUAUCAUUUUGUAUAAAUUCUUCAUACAUGGGUCCCUUUUUUUUUAUAUAUUGUUAUUAUUAUAUACUGUGAAAAUCUACUCAUAAAGGACUUUUUUU